AUGGGUCAACAUUACCCAAGUCACGUGGUGACCUACUUAACAGCCUUCGGGAUGGAACUCGGAUGGAUUAUAGAAGCAGAAGAUAAGUUACCUUCACCGGCGUACAUCUUAACUGCCGGAUACUUCUGCACGUUCUUAGUCUCGUUGUUCCUUUUGGUGGGUCUGAUGCUUAAACAUUGUAAAUAUCUCCUCAUAUGGUUGAUAGUGAUGUUAGCCUUCUUCUUCCCAGAAUGUGGCCUUGUUCUAUAUAUGAGCCUUUAUUAUUGGGACUUAGGAACUCCGUACGGUUUAGCCGAAUUCGUAUUCUACGUCUGCAGAGCUGUACUUAAUGUUUUGUGCGUGGUUUGUAUCCAUCUUUUAUACGGAAGUUGGAGGAAGGAGAAGAGAACGCUUCACAGAUUGGAAAACUUUCAAGUCGGAACUAUAUAUAGUCAUUUAAGCUCUGUUUCGUGCGGAAAGGAGAACAAUAGCUCAGGUAACGAUUACCUGUACAGGUGCGCUAUACAGGAUGAUCCAAAUAAACGAAUCAACAGAAGUCUAUCUCUAGAUUCUUCGUACCUUAAAGACGUUAAACAUAACUGGAAUACUUGUAGACAAAUGGAGGCCUUGUAUGGACAAUUUCAUGGACACAAGAGCGAAUUCGACGUUGCUACCUUUAAUCAAUAUCUAGCAUGGCAAAUGAACUGUCCAACUUCCAUUUAUGGCACCAUCAGGUGUAGGGAUAGGUUAUCAGAUCUAGAAUUGAAUAAUAGGAGGAGACGUAGCGUUGCCCUUUAUGGCACCGUUAAUGGUUUGUACAAACCUCCUCAAAGGAAAUUACUAAAGAAAUCAAAAUCUUUGGGUGAUUUAACCAUCGAUCAUUGCAUCCUCGAGAAGUUGAAUCAAUCUUCUUUCACCUACCUACACCGUCCGAGUUCUCUCGUUAUUGAAGAAUCAGAUAACGAUUCGCUACAGAAUAUAAGCGACGUGGCGUUAUAACGGAACUUCGUUGUUUUCUCUGCUAAAAAAGCGCAAUUUCGGCCCGGUUAUCGGUGACAAACUGUAACUGUAAGUGUCGAAGGUAACAUAGAAAGUUUAUAAACCAAUAUUUAAGGUCAUAAUCAUAAAUUUUUCUAAUAAAAUUAAAUUAUUUUACGAGUAACAUCGCACUCGAUACGUGUUUCAGAAGGAACAUCAGUUGGAUUUAAACCUCAUAAAGCAUGUAUAUAGAUUUUUAAAAAUAUAUUUUUAUUAUAAAAUAUGGUAUUUUUUGUAA